AUGGAGAAAUCAGUAGGGCUUACUGCCUGUUUUGCGGAAAUUCUGAAUCAACUUGGUUUAUCGAGGUCACAAAGGCGCGUUCUGCGCAAUUUCAACAACUUUUUGAGCGGUAAAGGAAAGUUCAAAGACACGGAACAUGCUUCAGCUGCAUCUGCGGGCUGUGAAGAUCAGCUAAUUGGUUCAAGCGAACUUGCUAAAUGCCAACGUUUAAUUAAGCCACAGGGAUCUGAAGAUGCGGAAAUUGUAGAUCAUAAAACAGUCAAAUUUUGGGGCACAAAAAGAAAGUUCAAAGACGUAGGUGAAGAUAAUGUUAAAAACAACGAUGAAGAUGAUGGGCGACAAGUUGGUCAAGAAGGAAAGUCUGUUAAAAAAGAAGCCAAUUUGAACGUCAGAACAAAGUUUGACAAUUCGAAAGGAAAUAAUAUUGCAUCCAAUCGUGAUGGGGGUCAACCUAUUCGCGCAGCCAAAUUAUUGAAAAUCGAAAAAAAAGUCAAGGUGAAGAACUCCAAAGAUUUGGCCUUUGUAGACAAUACAAAUGAUGCCAACAGAAGCAAACAACUCUCAGCUCGACGCAGAAGAUGGCAAGCGAAGCAGGACCGCAUGUUGAAGCGUGCCAAGGAAACGGGUGUUCCAUAUGAGGCAAUAAUGAAA